AUGAGCGCGAAUGUAUCAUGGAUCCCCACAGCGCCGGCGACGUUCUGGUCUUCACCAAACGACCAAUUCUCUACAUGGCCUAAGCUCGCUGUGUUGGCGUUGUCCACCUUCAUCAUUCAUCGACUGUACAAGUCGGCGUCGUUGAACAUGAAGCUGCCCCCCGGGCCAAGGGGGUGGCCCGUUAUUGGGAGUGUGUUCGAUAUUGGACCACAUAUGUGGCUCACGUUCACGGAGUGGAAGAAGCACUAUGGACCGAUUUUCUAUGUGAACCUCGCAGGGCGUUCAAUGAUCGUCUUGAACACCCACGAAGUCGCCACGGAGCUCCUUGAUAAGAGGUCGUCCAUCUACUCAGACAGACCCCGCCAUAUCGUCGCCUCUGAGAUCAUGUCAGGCGAAUACCUACUCGGAUUCAUGCAUUUCGACGAUAAGUGGAAGCGUGUCAGGAGAGGUUCUCAUGAGGCGAUGAACAACCAAAUCACCAAAACCUACCGUCCGUUCAUGCAAGUCGAAGGAUACCUCCUCGCCGACAGCCUCAUGAAAGCGCCUUCUAUGUGGAACGAUCACAUUAAGCGUUCUGCGGCAUCUUUCAUCAUGUCCGUCGUAUACGGCACCAAGUCCAUGCGCACCUCCACCGACCCCACCCUCAUCACCCUCCACAAGUUUCUGAGGAGAUCGCUCGGCGCGGCCGCUGGGAAGUACUGGGUCGAGUUCUUCCACUUUUUGGAGUACAUGCCAAGGUGGUUGGCUCCGUGGAGGGUGGAGGCCGAGGAGUGGUUCAAGACGGACAGCAAGAUGUUCGAGGGGUUUUACAACCAAGUUAAGAAGAGGAUGGCCGAUGGAGACAACAGGCCGUGCACAGUUACGACUCUUAUCGAAGAACAAAAAAAGAAAAACCUCUCUACUAUGGAAUCAGUCUGGCUGGCAGCGGCUAUGUACGGUGGAGGCUCCGAAUCAACUGCCGGAUCCCUCGGCUGGUGGAUAACCGCCAUGGUAGUCUACCCCUCCGCCCUCCGCGCCGCCCAAGAAGAGCUCGAUCGCGUCGUAGGCCGAGACCGUAUGCCCACCUUCGACGACUACGACCACCUCCCCUACUGCAGGGCCAUGGUCAAAGAGGUCCUAAGGUGGAGACCCGCAACACCCCUCGGUGUCCCCCAUCGCGUGGAAAGGGAUGACUGGUUCAACGGUUACUUCAUCCCGAAGGGAACAUUGGUUGUGGCAAACAUUUGGGGCAUGAACCACGACGAGAAAGUCUACGGGCCCGACGUUCACGAGUUCAACCCCGCCCGUUUCCUUGAAGGAUCUGGAAAGCCCCUGCCCUCGGUCUCAGAUACCAAGGACGAGGGCCAUGUUACCUACGGCUUCGGCCGGCGCAUCUGCGUCGGGCGCCACGUUGCCAACAACAAUUUGUUCAUCCAGUUCGCGAGCAUGGCUUGGGCAUGCAAUAUCCAGGCGAAGAAGGAUGCGCAGGGGAACCCGAUCAUGCCUGAUGCGGAUAAGUGCACGUCGGAUUUGACGAUGCACACCGUCCCAUUCGAUUGCGAUAUAACCCCAAGGUUCCCCGAAGUUCCGUCCAUCAUUGCCCAGUCCAUUGAGUUGAAUAAUUACGGCCAAAUUUGA